ACCUGUACAGUAAAGCAGUUAGUCUGCACUGUACAUUGUAAACCACGACUUGUUUUAGUAGCUGCAGGUCACAUAGAGAAGAUCUACACCCACAAUUCAAAGCAUAUUUUGCAACAGAAAAAUAAUGACAUUUUAAAUCGGUAUUAUCUGUGAAAAUGUCUGUGACCAGCAUAUCGAUAUUAACUGUACUUUCGGUGUUGACCAUUUCUGCGGAAGACAUUCAAAUGGUAACCACUGAGUUGGGGAAGGAUGUUUCUCUGCACUGCACUAAUCGAACAUGGAGUGAAAUCAUGUUUGAAACAUGGAAGAUAAGGAAGACAAAUGGAGCUGAAUGUCAGAUUGCUUUUAGGUUUGAUCGGACUGAUGCAAACAGCACUUGUGAAGACAGAAUAACAAUUCAGAAUACAAGUGAAAACAGACCAUUUCUUCAUGUAUCACAUAUUAAUAAUGCUGAUGAAGGGAAUUAUACAUGUCAGUCGACUUACAAUGGUGGAAUGGACAUAGUGCAGUUUAAUGUAUCCUUUAUUGAAUAUGGAAUUGAGCCUCCUGCAGAGUCAGAGAAUACUUUUAGCUGCACUCAGAAGCUGCUGUAAGUCAGCCAUUCCUGCAACAAUGCCAUCCAACAAACACGUAAGAAACCUUUUUCUGAACACUUUGCCCAAGUAUACAAGCCACAACAGUAGACCUAUUAAUAUGGUCGCCUUCUAUGGACAGCAAAUUAUUUCCUUCGAGUGUUUAUGUUCCCUAUUCCUAAUAAAAAAUGGUGUGAUAGGUUGUUUUUGGACAGUAUAACCAAUCAAAAGUAGUGUUCAAGAGAAUCAAUGAGUUUGCAAAAAAUAGAAGAUUUCAACACAGUUUCAGGUAAAACGAAUUGCUUUCAUUUCUUUAUCAUUCUGGAAUAGUUUUCAGUGAUUAUAAAACCAAUCCAAAGCACUAUAGGAGAUCAUCAGAAUUGUUUAUAUUCAAUUAAAUCCCAAAUAUUUUGAUUGAAAACAUUUAACAUUCACCAGCUUACUAUAUCUGUUAUUUGCUAUGCUUGUCAGAGGUGGUAUUAUUUAAGCUUUGUUUUGUUUUAAAGAAAUGCUUUGUGACAAAUUUGUUAGAUCCUAAAAUUGCCCCUAGUCUCCAGUAUGUUGAGCUGGUGAAUAAAGGAGUGUUUUGUUAAUUUUCAUGCCGUUGGUGCAAUUUCAUUAUUUUAGCACAGAGAGAAGGAAUACAGAAAUAGGCAUCUAGCCCUUGAAGAAAGCAAAAUGCUGGCUUAUAGUAAGCAGAUAUUUUCAUGUUGCAUAAUAAAACAAGAUUUUUGUCAACUUAACUGUGUAAAAAUGUUUUUAAAACUACAAUUUUUCCUGUAUUUCUUUUGAUGGUUUAUGAUCUGUUACAAUUAUUUAUGUAUAUUAUAAAUAUGGGAUAUACUGUAAAUAAAUGUAUUUGUUUUAGGAGUGUGAAGAAUUUGAACCGUAUGAAUUGUAUGUGGAAAAGGUGAACUACAUCUACAGCCGAGAAGAAGAUGUGUGUGAAAUGGAAUAACCUAAACCACAGCAGUUAAUCAAACUUUACCUUGGAUUUUUAUUCACAAGUAACAAAUUGUAUUCUCUUUGAAGUAACAGAAAGUCAAAUUAUAAUCCCCCCCCCCCAUUUUCUCCCAAUUUUCUCCCAAUUUGAAAUGCCCAAUCGCUUUUCCUCUCACCGCAGCAAUUACCCACAUGGCUCAGGAAAUCCAAGGGUUCAGUGGGUGUCCUCUGAUCCCACGACCAAGCAAACUUCCUUUUUCACUCAAGAGUGGAUGUCAGUGAGCUACUGACCUCUGGAGGACAAAGUCCAACCCUGCAGGUGUCUGCCUUUGAGCUCACUGGGUGCCUGACCAGCAGGGUUUGCUGUAGCGCAAUGAGGAGAAACAGUCCCUGCCGGUUUUGCCUGCCUAACACAUGGGAGCACCAGAGCCCAUGUAAUGCUCGCUGUAUGACUCGGCAGCAGUGUGGAGUAGCGGUUAGGGCUCUGGACUCUUGACCGGAGGGUUGUGGGUUCAAUCCCCAGUGGGGGACACUGCUGUUGUACCCUUGAGCAAGGUACUUUACCUAGAUUGCUCCAAUAAAAACCCAACUGUAUAAAUGGGUAAUUGUAUGUAAAAAUAAUGUGAUAUCUGUAUAAUGUGAAAUAAUGUAUAAUGAGAUAUGUUGUAACAAUUGUAAGUCGCCCUGGAUAAGGGCGUCUGCUAAGAAAUAAAUAAUAAUAAUAAUAAUGACUCACCCGCACACCACAUGGCUGUGCUUCUACCAAGUGAGCCACUCAGGGACCCAUAAUAAAAAGACUUGAUCUUACUGUAUAUAUGUAAAAGAAAAAUUAGAAAAUAUGGAAUCAUGCCAUCUCGACUAUUCAAGCUCCUCGACUGCAAAAAGAGUUGGGGGCCUGUUCAAUGCAGCUCCUUUAUUCCCAAAUUUCUACUAAAAAAUGGGACUGUCCAUUAUAGACAGAAGUGUAUAUAUAUAUGUAAAGUGUAUGGGUGUAGUUUCAUUAUUAUUGUGAAUGUGUAUGUAUCAACGGUUUUUAAACAUUGGCAAGUGUUUUUUAAUGUAGUGUUUUGAAUGAUAUAUUGGCAUGUAAUACAUCAAUGUUGAUAACACAGCAAACAGGAACUACACACACCACAAGUGAGCAGGGCACAAGAAAGACAGGCUUGUUUGCAUGAGCACCACCUCAAAUUCAACCUAUAUAUAUAUAUAUAUAUAUAUAUAUAUAUAUAUAUAUAUAUUAGUAGUGGGUUUUGGUAUGAGACUGUUGCUUUUUUAUUUUGGUUUCCUGUUAGCUCAUGCAAUUGUGGCCUUCUAAAAAGAUAUUAUUUUUAAAGACAUGUGAGACUUGCUCAGGUCUCAAGAAAAACAAGAUCAUUACUGUAGUAAUGAUAUGGACACAUUCAAUAAAAAUAAGCUCCCUAUAAAACAGACUUGAGUGGAUUUGGAGUUGCACUUAACAUAUAACAAUAUGGGUAAGUGAGAAUCUACUUUGUGGAAGAACUAGGACCCAAAUAUACAUAUAAAUGCUUUUAAAAUCAUUACAAUGACCCCGGUUUCUGUUUUUCUUGUCCAAACUGUAUAUAAAAUAAUAUAAUUAUUGAUCAGUUCAUGCAAUAAUACUUACAGGUUUAAAUGUUGGCUACGAGACUAAUGAUGACUGGGUUCCCCACCUAUAAGACACAUACAUUGAAGGAACGUUUUUUAAUGGUGAUCUGCUCUAUAUCUAUCAUAACUCAGUAAUAUAAUUUGACAAUGAAUGUAGGUCUUAAGUACAUUUCAAACUAUGAAAAUGAAGAAAAUAUGCAACUAGAAAAAAUCUUUUAAGGGAUUUUUUUUUUCAAACAAAGAGGUUGUGGAUGUCAUUUGCAAGCGGGAAGUUGGUCAGUCUGGAAGAAGGCGAGACUCUGUUGCAGGAACGUAUUGAUCUGUUGCAGGAACGUAUUGACCCGGAAGGGAAAAUAUGUAGCAGCUGCAGACAGCAGAGACAGCUGCAAUCGUUUACCAAGGGGUCAUGCAUGAUAGCAUAAAAGGGACAGAGUAAAUCUUUUCCUUCGCUUGGUUUCAGUGCCAGUUACGGAACUGACUGGAAGGACCGGGAGAGAUUCCCUCUGAAUUGUAUUGAAAAGAGUUUGUGAGUGUUUUGUUUGUUUGUAGCACUGUUAGUAAUUGUCUUUUUAUAUUAUAUUAUACUGCUAACUUUAUUAAAAAGCUGUUUAAUGUGUUAAAAAAUCAAUCCUAUAGGAUACUACACCUUUAAGAAGCAAUACAAAUAGUGAUUACAACUACUGGAUUCAUAAUGAUUAAAUUAGGAACCAUGAAUAAAAAUGCGCAAACAACUAAGGAACCAAAAUUGAGAACUGGGAAUAUAUUUGAAGUGAUUAGUAAACCCCACGUUUUAUUUGUUACAGUCUGCAAAUAUCAUUCCUGACAUGUGCUUUGUAAAGUUGCAUCUCCCUCUUACAAGUCAUUGUAUUUAUGGUGGGUAAGACAGCAGAUAUAAUUUUGAUGGAUGCCUGAUAGUGGGCUCAUUACUGGAGGGUCUUUUGUAUUUUACAUACAAGUUACAAAGUUGACAAAUCAGAAUUUAUAAUGAUGCAAGUUAUACCACAAGGUAGAACCUUCAUCGACGGGCCCGAUCGCUUAAAUAUUAUUCUUUAGUUUCCUCUUCCUGCCACAUUGCUGUAGCACUUGAACCCAUAGUUUGGGUGUAUUGUAAGAUGCAAACCACAACUUGUGGCUGCAGUAUUUGCACGGUUUAAUACAAAGCGAGAAUAAUUAGAUACUCGUUAGAAAGAUCACAUAAACUAUUAAUUAAUAGCAUACUUAGCAGCAGCAAUAGUUUGUGAGUGUUUUGUUUGUUUGUAGCAUUGUUAGUAAUUGUCUUUUGUUUUGUGAAUUCACUGGACGGCUAACACGUCUCCGGAGCUGUCGCCUUGGGCCAGCACUACCCGGAACAACAAAACCACAGCCACUGUUUAUUUGUAUCACCCACCUCGAGCACUACUGCACACACCCGGACUGGUGAUUGUGUUUAGUAUUAUUGUGGGGUGGAUAACGUGUUAUUAUUUAUUGGGUUUUUGUAAACCAUUAUUAUCAUUUCCUGCCAAGCUUUACACAUUGGUGUGUUUUGUCGGAGGAUUAUUGUUUGGUCACCAGACUGGGAUUUAUA